AUGACAGAGCAUCGUCCAUGCGGCACCAGUAACGAGCCUUCCCGAACCAUCACCAAGACGAGACGUAUAACAUAUAGUUUCUUUACGAGUGUCGUAGCCAUUGCGUCGCCAAGGAGUGCGGCAGUGUGUCUCGUGUCAGAAAUUUAUGACAGUCACCCUCGCUUCAUGAACCAGCUGUCAUGUGGUAUGGAGGUGGUGUCUCUGGCCGGCGAGUGGCUGACCGCCGCCGCCAACACCAACAUGUUCACCUACGAAAUUGCUCCAGUCUUCAUCCUCAUGGAACAGGUCACGAUGCGCCACAUGAGAGAGAUCAUCGGCUACAAGCAGGGCGACAGCAUCCUCGCUCCCGGAGGCUCCAUCAGCAACCUGUACGCCGCCCUCGUCGCCAGGCACAGGAUGUUCCCGGAGUACAAGAAGAAAGGCCUGCGAGCUCUCCCCGGCGAGCUGUGCAUGUUCACUUCUCUCCACAGCCAUUACUCCAUGAUGGGCACUGCAGCUGCAAUGGGUCUUGGCACUGACAACUGCAUUGAAGUUCCCGUUGAUGAUAAAGGCCGCAUGAUCCCAUCCGAACUCGACCGCCUCAUCCAGGAGUGCAAGGCAAAGGGCAAAGUUCCCUUCCUCGUCUGCGCCACCGCCGGAACCACCGUCAUGGGCGCCUUCGAUCCCCUUCACGCCAUCGCUGACGUCUGCGAGAAGCACAAACUCUGGUUCCACGUUGAUGCUGCUUGGGGCGGCGGAGUCCUCCUAUCCAAGAACCACCGUCAUAAGAUGGCGGGCGUGGAACGUUCAGACUCGCUCACCUGGAAUCCACACAAGCUGAUGGGCGUCCUCCUCCAGUGCUCCACCGUGCACUUCAAAGAGGACGGCCUGUUGAUAUCCUGCAACCAGAUGUGCGCCGACUACCUCUUCCAGCAAGACAAACCCUACGACGUCAACUACGACACGGGAGAUAAGGUGAUCCAGUGCGGUCGCCACAAUGACAUCUUCAAGCUGUGGCUGAUGUGGCGCUCCAAGGAUGGAGGGCAUCUGUCGGAGAUUGUUACCAGAGCACAUACUCUUAUUCCCAAUGUUGUGAUCUCUAACGGGAUCAACAUUCUAAUGGAACUCUUCUCUUUACUAUCGUUAAACUAUUAA